AAUGCAAAAAUGAAAAUAAAAUAAAAAAAGUCCACAGCAAAAAAACAAAAUUUAGAAAAAACAUUUUGCAGAAAGCAAGCAAGCUCUCGAAACCAGACACACCAUAUCUCUCUCUCACACACCAAACCUAACACACUUCAUUUUAUACAACAAAGUUAGUUCAGAAACCAAAAAAAGAAGCAAAAAAGAUGAAGCUAUCAACAACAAAAAGCAUUUCAAGUCCAGCACGUACAGACAAGUUUCCACCACCAUUAAUGAGAUUCUUAAGAACCAAUGCAGGAAGUAGAAGUAGUAGAAGGUCAAGGUCAAGCCCCAUGUUCGUUCUCCGUAACAAAAAAACCAUUGAAACUACACAAGAACCUUCUUCCCCUAAAGUCACUUGCAUGGGUCAAGUCAGAGCCAAACGUAGCUCAUCCAAAUCCUCCACCACUCCCACACACCACUGGUGGAUUAAAAAGCCCAACCCAUGCCGUUGUCGACUCGUUUGGCCCAAAUGGGCUUUCUUCCGUAGAAAAAAACCAACUAAACCUAAACAAGAUUCAGUUAAAUCAGAGUCUAACAGAAAUAGUAAUUUCACCCUAGAAGAUGAACAAAGAGUUAGUGUUAGUGUUGAAUCUGUUGAUAAUGCUAUUGUUUCAAAUUCAAAUUGUUCUACUCCUCCGAAAAACGCUUUGUUAUUAACAAGGUGUAGAUCCGCUCCAUACAGAUCUUCAUCUCUUGCGAGUAGGUUUUGGAGUUCACCUUUGAGAAAUGAAGAAGAAACAGAGUCUACUUCCAUUGACGAUAACGAGGAAUCAAGUUCGCAAUCGCAGAAGAGAGAAUCGGUUUCUGAUAAAGAGGAUUCGAUAGGUGAAAGAAUUGGUUUGACUAAGGAUUUGGAGAAUGUUCAAGAGUUGUUGUUGAAGGGAAGGGUAAAAAAGGAAGAAGAAGAUUCUGCGGUGGCGCGUCCUGUUGUACUGACUCGGUGUAAAUCGGAACCGGCGAGAGUAAGUUACAGAAUUGACCCUGAGGUAAAUAGUAAUUUGUGGAAAAAGACUAGGUUGGGUUUUCCUCUCCACAUACUUUCUGAUUAAUCCAUUAUUAUAUUACUUUAUCUGUUUUAUUCUUUUUUAGUUUCUGUUAAUGGUUGCUGGGUUGAAUUGAAUAUAGUUCUGAAAAUCAGUUGAAUAUAAUAAUAAUAGUAAACUUUUUUUUUGGCCCCGUGCUGUGUUGAUA